GUACCGGUGAUUCUGCAUACAAAAUCACAAAGCCAGCCAUUUCGUUCCUUCCAAAAAGAUGAUGCUCGGAGAACGGCACCGUCCCGAUUCGGUCCACGUACCGCCGUGGGACCUCCUCGAUGAUACAAAUCCUGAGGCUUAUUCCUUGUCGCCGAUGAGCUCCCACUCGAGCAAUGCUGCUACAGCCUCUGAUUACAACCCGUACCAUCUCCAAGAAGCGCUGGCCGCUUUGCAGCGCUAUCUUCCGUCGAAUGAACCCGAACUGGACUCUGACUAUGAUUUAUCGGGUCUGGAGACGGAUUCUCCGGUGGACGCUUAUUCUUGUGAUCAUUUUCGGAUGUUUGAGUUCAAGGUGAGGCGGUGUGCACGUGGCAGGUCACAUGACUGGACCGAGUGCCCUUAUGCACAUCCAGGUGAGAAAGCUAGGAGAAGGGACCCGAGAAAGUAUCAUUACUCUGGCACUGCCUGCCCCGAUUUUCGCAAAGGGAAUUGCAAGAAAGGUGAUGCUUGUGAGUUCGCCCAUGGCGUGUUUGAGUGCUGGCUGCACCCUGCGCGUUAUAGAACCCAGCCGUGUAAGGAUGGUCCAAACUGUAGGAGGAGGGUUUGCUUUUUUGCUCACACAGCAGAGCAGCUCAGGGUUCUACCUCAGCAGAGCCCUAGGAGUGUCAACUCCUUCGACUCCUACGAUGGAUCGCCUCUCAGACAAGCCAUAGAAGCUUCUUGCGCCAGAAGUCUUCCCUUUUUGGCUAGUCCUGGAUCAGUGUCACCUCCUGCCACGCCGCCGGUUGACUCACCACCGAUGUCCCCGAUGACCCAGUCAUUAAGUCGGUCCCUUGGGUCUAAUUCAAUCAAUGAAAUGGUGGCUUCACUGAGGAAUUUACAACUUGGUAAGGUUAAGUCCUUGCCCCCAUCUUGGAAUGUGCAUGUAGGUGGAUCCGGGUUCGGGUCUCCAAGAGGGUCAAUGCUCCGAUCUGGAUUCUGUAGCCUGCCUUCUACUCCGACAUGUCCGACCCGUUCUGGAUUGGGUCACCGUGAUAUCUGGGAAAAUGUUUGCGAGGAGGAGCCUGCGAUGGAGAGAGUGGAAUCAGGCAGGGACCUUCGUGCAAAGAUGUUCGAGAAGUUGAGCAAAGAGAACUUGCUGGAUAGAGUUGGCCCAUCUCAUGGCGGCCAAUCUUCUAAUGGUCCUGACGUUGGGUGGGUCUCGGAGCUGCUGAAGUAAGUGAAGUGAGGCUGAGCCAACUGGCUUUUGGUAACUGUUAAUUAAUUAUCCUUAAUUAUUUUUGGUGGAGUCUAUUUUGGUAAACCCUAUCACUGUGAAUAGCUAAAAAAUUGAGGGUGGGAAGAUUGGAAUUUGGCUUCAGGUGGCAAGAAAUUGAAGAUUCGGUGAAUGUGUAUAUUUUUUAUUAAAAAAAAUUGUUAAAAAGUUGGUAAUUGAACUGUGGGAGAGAGUUGAGAGAAUCUUUUUUUCCUGGGGAAUUUUCUGAGCAAAAAUCAAGAAUUCUGAAGAUAAAUUAAAGUUGAUUGUAUAGGUA